AUGAAACUACGAACGGGAGCAGUUCUCACUGAGGAUGUAUUUCUUGGUUAUAAUAUCAGCAACAUUAAUUGGAAUCAUUUUAACUUUUAUAUGUCUAUGAAAUUUGCAAAUACUCAAGAAUUGAAAAUACUAAAUCUUGACGAGAUCAAUUAUUUGGAUGAAAGAAUAAGGAACAUUAUUCGAAAUUAUCUGGAGGACUAUGGAAAAAAGAGGUUUCUCUUCUCGUACAAAAAUCGAUUGAUAAAUGAAGAGCAAUCCAAACUACUUCGUGAAAAAAGGAACUUGAAAAUGAGUUCUGAUAAAAAGGGUGGAGAGAUAAAACUCAAGUCCAGUGAUGGCAAUCUGAUUCCAAGAGAGGAGGUACCUGAGAAGUUAAAAGAGCAGCUAGCUAAGAUUCAAGAAGUGGACCCUUUGUCUAUGAUUUCUCAGACUAUACAAAAUGAGACGUGUUUGGGAACACUUCUACAAAUGCCAGCUUUUAACUGCCCAAUUAAACAUGAUGGAAGAUCAAUUGGCGAUUUUGCCAUUAUGCCCUUAAAAACCAACGCGAGAGGACCAGCCCCAAUAAUAAGCAAUAAAGAAACAGAGGAUAUUGUAGACGUAGUAAUUUCCUAUUUUCGACCCAACGUUUUACAUAAAUUAUACGAAAUUGAGUCUCACUCGGAUAGAACAUUCAUUUAUGGUAUCCUCUACGUUUCAGAAUGCAUUAAAAUAAUCGCCAAACAGAAAGAAAAAUCGAGCGCAGUUAAACAGCUCAAUGCUAAAGCUGUUCAAACAUUUUCUAUUCCUGGCGAUUCGAAGUUUCCUCUUAACUCUGUCUAUAAAGCUCCAAGUAGUUCAGAAAAACAAGAUCUUCGGGAUUAUAUUAUGCAGAUGAGAAUUGAAAUAGGGCAAAGACUUGUGGAUAUUAUUUAUAAAAAUGGACCAAGCGAACCCUCAAAGGUUGGAAGUUUUUGUUAA